AUGACUGUCAUGCUUGAACCAAAUAUUCCAAGAACAGAAGACAAGAUUCAAGAGGAUCUUCUAAAUUCACCUGGACAAUCACCAUUUAACCAUACGAAUUUAAAUCAUCUUGAUAAAUAUCACAAAUAUAAACCCUUAAAAAUGUCGAAUACCAUUAUUGCUGAUAGGAAGCUAUUUAAUCAAUUCGACAAAUUAAUAGAAUUGCGGCAAAACAUGAAUGAUAAGCAAAAUAUUCUUGCUGAUUACGUUGACGUUCAUAUGGAUAUGUGCCAAUUAUUAAUGAAAAGAUUUAAGAGCAGUAUUCAAUAUGACUUCACAAAUAAAUUCAAAAAUCUCAAAGAAUGCUUAUCGGAAAUUACAUUGCCAUGUAAAAAAACUGCUGUAGGUCCGUCGAUUCGAUCGCAACUCGGUGUUAUAUUACCAAUAGAAGAAAUCGAAGAUUUUUUAGAAUUUAAUAAUACCUUAAAUGAUCCAGAUAAACGAAAUUUGCUGAAAAGCUUUUUUGAAACCAUAACAAGUGGUUCAAAUUCUUAUGACAAAGAUAUCAAGAAAAUUUUAAAAGAACUAAUGAAAAAAAAAGUGCAACAGAAAUAUAGUGGAGCUGGGCGUGUAACGAAAAGAAAUAUACCGAAAUUGAGUUAUAGUAAAACAAAUGUUUAUCAAAUAAUGACCGAUUUCAUAGAAACAAAAUACUCUGAAUCGAAAAGAGAAUUAAAAAUUCUUUCAGUAACUAGUAAAUUUUUGGCCGAAAGUGGAGAUAGGGAAGGAGGUCGGGCACGAAGAUUGCAAGAUCGAAUCCCUUAAGUGAUUUAUUUUUUAUGUACUUUCCUUAUCACUAUA